AUGAGACUGCUCCUGUGUUACAUGAUGCUGCUGGGGUCCAGUUGCGUGAUUUCUACCUACGGGCCCCCUCAGAGAGCACAGAUGACUGGUGAUAUUUUACUUGGGGGUCUGUUCCCCAUACACUUUGGUGUUGCAUCCAAAGAUCAAGACCUGGCGGCCAGACCAGAAUCCACACAGUCGGGAUCUGCAGUGUCAACGGCAGUGGCAAACCUACUGGGUCUGUUUUACAUUCCCCAGAUAAGUUAUGCUUCGUCUAGUCGCCUCUUGAGCAACAAGAACCAGUACAAGUCCUUCAUGCGGACAAUUCCUACGGAUGAAUACCAGGCCACAGCCAUGGCUGACAUCAUUGAGCACUUCCAGUGGAACUGGGUCAUUGCUGUUGCCUCGGACGAUGACUACGGCCGUCCAGGAAUAGAAAAGUUUGAGAAAGAGAUGGAAGAACGAGACAUCUGCAUUCAUCUGAAUGAGCUUAUUUCUCAGUACUUUGAGGACACUGAAAUCAAAGCUCUGGCAGACAGGAUUGAGAACUCCACAGCUAAAGUCAUCGUUGUGUUUGCCAGCGGCCCAGAUAUGGAACCUCUCAUUAAAGAGAUGGUCAGGAGAAACAUCACAGAUCGGAUCUGGCUGGCCAGUGAAGCAUGGGCAAGCUCCUCUCUUAUUGCUAGACCAGAAUAUUUAGAUGUUGUGGCAGGGACCAUCGGCUUUGCUCUGAAGGCAGGGCAUAUACCGGGCUUUAGAGAGUUCCUACAGCAAGUUCAUCCAAAGAAGGACAGUCAUAAUGAAUUUGUCAGAGAGUUUUGGGAAGAAACCUUUAACUGUUACCUGGAGGACAGCCCUAGACUCCAAGAAAGUGAAAAUGGUAGCACCAGUUUCAGACCUUUGUGUACUGGUGAAGAAGACAUUACAAAUGUUGAAACCCCAUACCUGGACUACACACAUCUUCGUAUCUCCUAUAAUGCUUAUGCUGCAGUUUAUUCAAUUGCACAGGCCCUGCAGGACAUACUCACCUGCACACCUGGACACGGUCUUUUUGCCAACAAUUCAUGUGCAGACAUCAAGAGAAUGGAGGCAUGGCAGGUCUUAAAGCAGCUCAGACAUCUUAACUACACAAACAGUAUGGGUGAAAAGAUUCACUUUGAUGAAAAUGCUGACCUGGCAGGAAAUUACACUAUUAUUAACUGGCACAGAUCAACUGAGGAUGGAUCUGUGCUGUUUAAAGAGGUUGGAUACUACAGCAUGCAUGCCAAGAAAGGAUCCAAGCUGUUUAUUGACAAGGCAAAUAUUCUUUGGAAUGGUCACAGUUCAGAGGUGCCUUUCUCGAACUGCAGUGAGGACUGUGAACCGGGCACAAGGAAGGGGAUCAUUGACAGUAUGCCCACAUGCUGCUUUGAGUGCACAGAAUGUUCAGAUGGAGAGUACAGUAAUCAUAAAGAUGCCAGCGUUUGCAGCAAGUGUCCAAAUAACUCCUGGUCCAAUGGGAACCACACAUUCUGUUUCCUGAAGGAAAUCGAGUUUCUCUCUUGGACAGAGCCUUUUGGGAUAGCUUUAGCCAUAUGUGCCAUUUUGGGGGUUGUCAUGACAGCUUUUGUGAUGGGAGUCUUUGUCAGAUUUCGCAACACUCCAAUAGUGAAGGCCACAAACCGAGAGCUCUCCUAUGUUCUCCUGUUCUCCCUCAUUUGUUGCUUCUCCAGCUCUCUGGUAUUCAUUGGGGAGCCGAAAGACUGGACAUGUCGUUUGCGUCAACCCGCCUUUGGGAUCAGUUUUGUUCUCUGUAUCUCCUGCAUCCUUGUGAAAACCAACAGAGUGCUUUUGGUAUUUGAGGCCAAGAUUCCCACAAGUCUGCACCGAAAAUGGUGGGGGUUAAACCUGCAGUUCCUUCUGGUAUUUCUGUGUACUUUUGUACAAGUAAUGAUAUCUUCAAGGAAAAAGUCCAGCAGCAUCGGUGGGUCCUCUGGCUCGACUCCAUCCUCAUCUGCCAGCUUUAAAACCAAUGGCAAUGACUGUGAUCCAACUUCAGGAAGGCAUAGGCCAAGGGUGAGCUUUGGUAGUGGAACAGUAACUCUGUCAUUGAGCUUUGAGGAGUCUAGGAGGAGCUCACUG